CUUGAUAAUAUGCUUGUCGCCUCCUUCCUAUAUCUUCAAUGCUCAAGGUUCUCGACGACACCAUUUAAAUCGACCAAGAUCCCUCGAUAAAUUAGUCCGCCACAUCUAGCAGAAUGCCUUGUGUUUUACGCGUUGCAUAAAUCAUCGCCAUCCUCGCCCACCUUACAUGCCAUGGAACCGCAACUCGACGUUACCUCAGCAGGUCGCGACUUCGACAACUGGCUUGACUGGAAUGCCGCAACCACCUCCGCGGGCACUGCUACAGAUGUAAAGCCUACAGUCCACCCAGAUCAGGUCUUCCACCUUCCCAUCUCUCCUUCCUCGACCGUCAACAGCGACCUGCACCCCUCCCUGAAAACAGACCUUCUCACCGCUCAUCCACACCACGACCUCUUGACCCCUCAACACAGCUCCUCUUCACCAGAGUCACGGUCCAGCAUCGACCUGAGACUCAGCGGGGAUACGCUACGCGAGCAAACAUCGCCGAAUGAACGCCCAAUGCUGAAGCGGAAGUUGUCUCCCUCCGAUGUGCCAACCACCGACCACCAUAACGAGGUAACUCCUGCUGCGAAGAAACGCCCACACAACGUGAUCGAGAAGAGAUACCGAGCCAAUCUAAACGAGAAGAUCUCGGAAUUAAGAGACAGCGUCCCAAGUCUACGGAUCACCAAGAAAAAGGCGACGGAUGUAUCAACUGCGGAUUCGGACGAGGAAGACUUGGAAGGCCUCGCACCCAGCAAUAAGCUCAAUAAAGCCUCGAUCCUGACCAAGGCUGUAGAAUACAUCCGGCACCUUGAGUUCCGUACGAGGCGGCUGGAGGAGGAAAACAAAUCGUUGAAAGAACGACUCGAAACACUCGACAAAGUCAUCGCACAGGGUGGUCACGACGCCCAAAGAGCUGCUGCAUUCACGAGUGAUACAAUCAUUGAAGAGUCUCCAGCCAUCUCACAGGUCGACUCCCCUUCAGAAAACCGAGCCAGCUCUUCGAAUCCACCUCAGGGAUUGAUCCCCAUUCCUGACAGUUGGCGAAAGCUACGUCAAAAUCAGUCGCAGGAGCACUAUGGUCAUGUUUACGAUUCAGAUCGGUCCAAAUAUCGUGGCAAAUGGCCAACAAGGAUCAUGUUGGGAUCAUUGGCUGGGCUCAUGAUUAUGGAUGGACUGGCAGAGUCCGACACUGGCACGGAAUCACGAGAAAAAGGUCUAUUCGGCAUUCCUUUGGAACUUCUAGAUGGUUGGAAAUUUCUGCAGUCUCCCAGAAUUUACCUUGCUGCCUUCAGCCAGUUCUGUCAGACCGGAGGUGUCAUUCCGUUGAUCAAAGGCUUCAUGGCUUUGACAAUACUGGCUUUUCUGGUCUUCUCAUAUCUUUUCAACUCCAAGCCAGCGCCAAAGGAAGACAUUGAAGAGGCUUCAUCGCGGACUCGAAUAACACCGGCGCCUGCUUCACCGAUCCAGGUCAGACGUCGGGCCUGGAGCACCAGCAUGCAGGAGCUUCACCUUCCUCACCAUAGCUUCUUCCCGGAAUGGGUUGCUCUCACUUCCGAGUGGCUCAGGUACACUGUCGGUUACCUAUUCGGAAGUCGGGCAUACGCUUGGCUGACCGGGCGAAGUGCAGAAGAUGACGUGGCUCGCAUCAAAGCCUGGGACAUCGCGAUUGACGCUCAAUUGGCAGGCGGAGACGUCGAAGUGAGUCGCAGCAGAGUGGUCUUGACUAUCUUCGGGUCAGGCACUUUACCAAAGACUCCUCUGCGGCUGAUGCUCAAAGCACUCCAUUGUCGGGUGUUGUUGUGGAACGUGGGCUCACUCGGAACGGCUACUCACCGAAUCGCUAACCGUGUCGGGCAAUUUUUCGCCAAUUGGCAGUGGACAAGAGCUCAAGGGUUGCACGAAAAGUUACCCCUGCGUGAUGCCGAUCGAUUACCGCCGUAUCUAUCAGAGAUGCUUAAUCUGCCGUGCAACGAAGUCUUCCUUGACACCGUCUGCCAAAGGGCCUACAAUCUGAUGUACGAUCGGCCGACGCAAGAAGAAUCUUCCAAUGCCUUGAUGAAUGUGGUGGUCGAGGAUCAUGCUGUGCGGUCCCCGCUGGACGCAGUUGCAGCAUGGCGAUCUACAUAUUCCUUGACACAGGCACUUGAAAACGUCUUGCGUUCCCCUGAGCCAAGCGAGAUGGUGCGGAGGCAUCUCACUGAAGCCAUGAAAUUGGCCCCGCCCGGCUCCGCGGCCGAGACACGGGCCCUGGCAGCAAGCUCAAUCUUCAGCACCACUGCCCGGAGUGCAUGCUUUGUCCGUGCCUCCGAAUCGAUGGAAGCUCCUUCACCCAACGCGCAGUUUGAGCGGCCUCCUUACAUUAUUGAUUCAUCGACGCCGUCAUCAGCAAGAAGCGAUAUCUUGAACUGUUUACACUGCGCUAGGACUUUGCAAAUACUUGAUUAUGAGCAGAACGAGAAAAAAGCCAGAACACAUUUCUCUUCCAAGGCUCUUGACAACGUGAACGUUGGUCUUUUAACUAAGGCUGCUUUAGCUUAUCUUCACCAGCGGCUGCCUGAGGUCCAGUUACCAGUACUUACUGCUGGUAAAGACGAGGUCCGCCUCCUCCCAAACGAUCAAGAGUCCUCGGCUGACCUGUUUGCACAAAGCAAGUUGAGACGAUACAGCAGCUAUAGUAAUGACACUGGCUAUGAAAGCCAGGAUGACUCCUUAUCUUCAUGGGGGUUUGAAAAAUAUACAAACGAGCAAGGCUCGCCGGCGUUAGGGAAUGAAUUUGUGGUUUAAAAGCCGGAAUUGGCAGCGAGAACACAGCAGAUAUCAGGCGUCUACUAGUCUCUUCCAACGCAUCUUUAAACAAUCAAUGAUGAUCAUCAUGAGCACAAAGCAUGAGAAUGCUCCGAAACCAU